AUGGCCUCCCGUGUUUUCGCCCGUUCCAUGGCCGCCGCUGCCAAAAACACUAAGCCUCCUGUCCAGCUUUUCGGUGUUGACGGUACCUACGCCAAUGCCUUGUACUCGGCUUCUGUUGAGCAGUCCUCGGUGGACGCCUCCUACCAGGGCUUGACCAAGGUGUCUGACUUGAUCAAGCAGGACCACAAGGUUGCUGAGUUCUUGAACAACCCUGCCUUGAACUUGGAGGACAGAAAGGUUGUCAUCGGCACCAUUUCCCAGUCUUUGGGCUUGGACAAGACCGUGCUGAACUUCUUGGGUGUUUUGUCCGAGAACAACAGAUUGAGCGAGUUUGACAGCAUCUACAAGAACUUUGGCUCUUUGUACGAGGCCUACCAGGGCGUUGUCGAGGCCAAGAUCACCUCGUCCAAGCCUUUGGACAACAAGACCUUGAAGAGAUUGCAGGCUGCCAUCCAGAAGUCGUCUUUUGUCGGCCAGGGCAAGACCCUCAAGAUCAACAGCGAGGUGCAGCCCGAUAUCUUGGGCGGUUUGGUUGUUGAGGUUGGCGACAAGACCUUGGACUUGUCCAUCUCCAGCAAGGUGGCCAGGUUGAACCAGACCUUGGGUGAGGCUUUGUAA